UUCAUUUUUUGUAUGUGUUAAUGUACAUGAUGCAGGAUAAAAAUGGCUAUGGGGUUAUUUUACUAUGGGUUAAGAGACACUACAGCGACAUACGCUACAAACUUUCUCAACCUCAUUCCUGUUGCCACUUUUGUCUUCUCCAUCAUAGCCAGAAUGGAGAAGCUGCGACUCUGUACAAAGGCUGGAAAGGUCAAGACUGGGGGUGCAAUCAUGUGCCUCGCAGGAGCACUGACUAUUAGUCUCUAUAAGGGUAAAUCAUUUUACAUUGGACAUCAUACAACCCAUCAUCAGAUCAUCUCCCAUAAAGCUAAUCAUCAUUGGACACGUGGCUCUCUAUUCCUGGGGUUUAGUGUUCUAUCCUAUGCUACGUGGUUCGUUGUCCAGGCGAAGCUAUUUAAAGAAUUUCCAUAUAAAUAUUGGGCAACAAUGUUAACGUGCAUAAUAGGAUUCAUGCAAUCAACGGUGAUUGGCUUAUGGUUGGGUAAAAGUAAGGCUUCCUGGAGCUUGGGAUGGAAUAUCCAACUCAUUACCAUCAUUUAUUCCGGGGCAUUAGCUACGGCUGCAUCAUUUUGCUUAAUUUCAUGGACAAUUAGGCACCGAGGACCAACCUAUCCCUCCAUGUUCAACCCCUUGGCCCUCAUUUUUAUAGCUAUAGCCGAAACUCUCUUUCUUGAUGAACCCAUCACUGUCGGAAGCUUGUUAGGAAUGUUGUUGAUCGUAUCAGGUCUGUACUCGUUCUUGUGGGGAAAGAACAAGGAAUCAAAAAUCAUGGUUUUACCAAAAGCAAUAUUCGAUGAAACAUCACUAGUAGUUGUUGUUCCUGAUCAAUCUGUAGUGAAGCAAUCGACAGGUGUAGUAAUGCCAAGUGCUUCUACCAGUAUCAGCACCAUUGAUGCCGAAGAUGGUGCUGACCCAAACCACGGGGAAGUACAUGGAGUAUAGUUAGUCGUGUGAUAUAGUCGACCUAUUCGUUCCAAGUUAUGAUAAGUUUUUUGUGGUGAUUUUUUAAAUUUG